AUGAAACUUGUCAGUGCAAAAGAAUUCACAACAAAGUUUGAUAUUGGAACAGUUGAAGGGAAGAAACUGAAAAGUUAUGGAUUGAAAAUGAGUUAUUUACUUCCAUUACACGAGACAUCAACUGUUCAUGAUGUCACAUUGGUUGUUUUGCAUCCAUCUAUAAACACAUCUAUAAAUAAAUAUUGA